CAACACUUAGGGUUUUUGUAUCUAUCUACGGAGAGAAAGCUUGAAAGUUGAAACUUCAAUUAGGGUUUAAAUUGAACCUCUAAAAGCUUUCACCUUUAGCUUGUAUAGUCUGUCUCUAUGGAUUGCGUGGCUUCGAUGGAUUGUCUUCCAGAUGAUCUCCUUGUCCAUAUCUUAUCCUUCCUUCCCACGAAACAAGCUGUUUCAACCUCUCUUCUCUCAAAGAGGUGGAGGACUCUGUUUACUCUCAGUGAUAAUCUUGACUUUGACGAUCCCAUCUCCGAGCGCCCCGAAGAUAUCCGAAAGAGUUUCAAUGAUUUUGUAGACAGUUCAUUGGCUUUCCAAGGCGGUAAACAUAUAAAGAAGUUCUCACUUAAACAUACUGAAAUAUAUGAAGAAGAAGAACAUAACGUUGACCGAUGGAUAUGUAAGGCCCUGGAACACGGUGUCUCUGAGCUCCAUCUACAUCUACACGUAAAGUCUAAAUUGUGGUGGGAGUUUUCUAUACCAUCCAAAGUCUUCACCAGCACAACACUAGUUAAGCUGUCACUGGGAACAGGACUAGACUGCCCAAGACUUCCUCCGGAUACAUCUCUCCCAGCACUAAAGGUUCUCCUCCUUGAUUCAAUCUUCUGGUUUAGGCAUGAUCAAUUAUCUAAUGUGCUUCUCGCUGCAUGCCCUGCACUUGAGGACUUAACCAUACAUUACGAGUAUUAUCCAGGACAUUCAUACGUCAUAUCCAGCAAAAGCAUUAAGAAACUCUCAGUUACCAUUAAUAGUAGUUAUUAUGUUGAUCAAUCUAGCAUUCUUACACUUGACACACCUAAUGUUGCCGACCUCUACUACUCUGAUUAUCCUCGGCGUAAAUCUCCACGUUGUCAAUUGGAUUCAGUUGCAAAAGCUACAUUGAACCUUCAUUUCUUAAAAGAUUAUCGCCAGGUGAAAAGUGACGCGGAUGUGACCGAUCUCAUCAGUGGGAUACGUAACGUCAAGACCCUUCACUUGACUAUUCCGACUGUCAAAGUGAUUUUGGUAUGCUGCAAAGAUGAAUUACCCGUGUUCAACAACCUCGUUGAUUUAGUGUUUUCGAGUAAAAGACAAGGUUGGAAAGUGCUUCUGCCUCUUCUGCUAGAGCGUUCUCCAAACCUAAAAAAUCUUAUUCUCUCGGGUCUGGAUAGUUUCACAUCUAUAGGGCAUCAGUUUGUGGGGAUUCCAAUUCCCUUGAAUAACCAAAUAAAGAUUCUGCGUAUCAUGCAGUAUCAAGGAAGUGAAACAGAGCUGAAACACAUAAGCCAUUUCUUACUGAAUAUGGAGUGUCUUGAAGUUGUGGAAGUUAACGUUGCACCUACACUGUAUGACCCCAAAAAAGUGCGGCUCACAGAGGAUCUGUUGAAGCUUCCCACAGCUUCAUCUUCAUCCAAGCUCAAGAUACAAGUCCUGUGAUUAUCAUCAUCCAAGCUUAUUAGUUACCAUGUUUGUGUUUGGUUAGUUGUGAUUCCUUUACCCUCAUGAUACAUAUAUCUUAUGCUGUGAAUGAGAAAUCUACUCCUCUCUUAGGAGUGAUUUUGAGAUCUCACUUAGAUUCCAUAAUAAAAUA